AUGGAGUGGUACAUGCGGAUCACUCGCAUCAUUAUUGGCAACCCCUCUAGGCGUCGUCCAGAUGGCCUGGGAUAUGUAGCUCUCGCAGGAGCGUACGAGGCGCUGGUACGGACCGUUCAGACGAUGCGCUAUGAGAGCACUGCCCGUACGGAGGCCCCCGAGACGGCGGAGUAUGCAGCACGGAUGAUUGAGCUUGCCGAGACUAGUAUGAGACAGGCACAUGACUUUAAGCGUCUCCAUGAGCGUGUUCAUUCUUCUACGCCUGUGGACCCGUCUCCUGCACCGGGGCCUACUCAAGAGACCAUUGAGGAGCCAGCUCAAGAACCCUCUCACCAGGCAUCUCAGGAGGUCGUCGACACACAGGUUCAUUCCUCUGCGCCUGUGGACGGGUCUCCUGAUGAGAUUGACGAGGAGCCAUGUUAUGAACCGGCCCCACCGCCCACCGUCAUUUCCCAUAGAAAGCAUGUUAUGAACCGGGGUCCGGGUCGAAAGAAGGGAAGGAAGGGAAGCAAGGAUGAUCAUGCCAUAGAGCAUGUACAAAUUAAGAGGAGGAAGGGGGAUGGAGAUGAUGGUGGUGGUGGUGGGGUUAGCCUUAGGCCUAGCCGAACUCUAAAGGCUCCCACUUGUGGGACCUGAGAUUGUGAAUGUUGUAAAUAAAGUGUACAUUUUAUGUUAUUAUUUUCUUAAUGAUAAUUAGUUAUCUUAAAAAUAACUCGUGCGACGU